UCUCUCUCUCUCUCUGCCAUGGCUGCCAGCCGACUCUUCUUCUCUUCUUCUACUCUCCCCAUCUCCUUAUCUUCUCUUUCAACUUCACAGACUCAAAACAGGACCAACUUAACCUUCACCCACGCAUUCUCAGAGCUUGCGCCCGCCACCGGGAAGCGAAGGAGACAGCUAGCACACGCCUCGGGAGGCGAUCUCUUGGGAGAUUUUGGCGCCAGAGACCCGUUCGCAGCGGAAAUAGAGAGUAAUUUUGCUGAGAAGGUUCUGGGGAACGUCGACACUGAGCAUAAAAUCCUUAUUCCUAAUGCUUCUUCUCUCUCUCUGGCUCAACAAGAAUGCACCCCGGUCUCUCCUUACCAACCUCCGAUUUCAGAGGACGACGCUCAGACGUUUUUAAGAAAGGUAGUUGGUUGGAGAUUGGUAGAUGAUGAAGGAGGCCUUAAACUUCAGUGCUUAUGGAAGUUGAGAGAUUUCAAAUGUGGGGUUGAACUCAUCAAUAGGAUUUAUAGGGUUGCGGAGACUACUGGGCAUUAUCCAAAUCUUCACUUGGAACAGCCCAACCAAGUUAGGGCUGAGCUAUGGACUGCUUCCAUUGGUGGCCUGAGUAUGAAUGAUUUUAUAGUAGCUGCCAAGAUAGAUGAGAUCAAAAUCUUGGACCUUCUCCCCAAGAAAAGAGUUUGGGCAUAGUUGUUUGUGCAUUUGUGAAGAGACACGAUAUUUGACCUCCCAUUUGGUUUUCUUCAGCAACCCAUGGAUGGACAGUCUCAUAUUUUAUGAAGUGUUAUGAGUCAUAUUUAUGAUUUCAUGAAUAUGAAAUUCUUUUUGUUGACGCAGUCAUCAAAUUAGCAUUUGAUUUGAACACAUGUAGGUGGGAAAAUUGUGUAUAAAUUCACUAAGAAUGCCUUUUUUUUCAGUAUCCUCAUUAAAAUGAUUAGCAAGUUAUGUAGGUGAAGAAAUUAAGACA